AUGGGGGAGCGGAUCAACACGUUUGAGACCGUUCUCAAUAUAGAUCAGUUUCUGCUGUACGGCGAAUACAGGGAGCAGCUGGGAAACUUCGCCCGACGGGAAGCCGCCCGCUUGCUGACAGAGAGGCAAUGGAGGCGACAGGCAGGGGACGGCGCCGCCGCCGCGGGCCGCAAAGGCCACGGGCGGCGGCAUGCUCACCACCACCAUCAUCAUCACCCCCUUCAUCAAGCCGUGACCCUGGAGUCGCAUCACAGCGUGACGUCGUCCACCAAGAAGCCUCGCCCGUACUCCAAAUGCCAAGACUGUUUGGCUCGUGUGCGGCGCUACAUCGUGACAAAGAUGGGGGAGGACUGGAUUUUCCUGGUCCUCCUGGGGCUGACGAUGGCUCUGGUCAGCUGGAGUAUGGACUACGCCAGCGCCAAGAGUCUACAAGCCUACAAAUGGAUGCACGGCGAGCUUAAGGGCAACGUUCCUCUCCAGUAUCUGGCCUGGGUUACAUAUCCUAUGAUCCUUGUCAUGUUCGCUUCCCUUUUCUGUCACCUGGUUUCCCCUCAGGCCAUCGGGUCGGGCAUCCCCGAGCUGAAAACCAUCCUGAGAGGCGUCGUCUUAAAGGAGUACCUGACCCUCAAAGCCUUCAUAGCUAAAGUCAUCGGCCUGACUGCCGGUCUGGGCAGUGGGAUGCCAGUAGGCAAAGAGGGUCCGUUUGUCCACAUUGCGAGUAUCUGUGCCGCAGUGCUGAGUCGAUUCAUGUCCAUCUUCUCCGGCGUGUACGAGAACCCUUAUGGUUACACAGAUAUACUGACUGUUGGCUGUGCCGUGGGGGUGGGCUGCUGUUUCGGCACGCCGUUAGGAGGGGUGUUGUUCAGUAUUGAGGUCACGUCUACCUACUUUGCGGUGAGGAAUUACUGGCGGGGAUACUUCGCUGCCACAUUCAGCGCCUUCAUAUUCAGGGUGCUCUCUGUUUGGAACAAGGAUGCUGUCACGAUCACGGCUCUCUUCAAAACUAACUUCCGGAUGGAUUUCCCCUUCGACCUACAGGAGCUGCCAGCAUUUGCAAUAAUCGGGAUCUCCUGUGGCUUCCUGGGAGCUUUCUUCGUCUACCUGAACAGACAGGUGGUCCUCUUCAUGAGGAGGCCGACGGCUCUCACACGCUUCCUAACCAAACAUCGUCUGAUUUAUCCAGGUGCAGUGACGCUGAUCAUCGCCACCCUCACAUUUCCUCCCGGAUUUGGACAAUUUAUGGCGGGAGAGCUGAUGCCCAGAGAGUGCAUCAACUCCCUCUUUGAUAACUUCACCUGGACCAAAAUCUCAGGAUCCCCCGCCCCGCUGGGCCUGGGCCGCUCGGCUGCCUGGCUACACCCUCAAGUCAGUGUGUUCAUCAUUCUCAUCCUCUUCUUCAUCAUGAAGUUCUGGAUGUCAGCAGUUUCCACCACGAUGCCCAUCCCCUCGGGCGCCUUUAUGCCAGUGUUCAUAUUAGGAGCUGCUUUCGGUCGCCUUGUGGGCGAGAUCAUGGCCACUCUUUUCCCAAAUGGCAUCCUGUUUGAUGGGAUAGUCUACCGCAUUCUGCCAGGAGGCUACGCUGUCAUUGGUGCGGCUGCGAUGACGGGGGCCGUCACACACACUGUUUCCACCGCAGUGAUAUGCUUUGAACUGACCGGUCAGAUCUCCCACAUCUUACCCAUGAUGGUAGCAGUCAUCCUGGCCAACAUGGUGGCCCAGGGUCUGCAGCCGUCCCUCUACGACUCCAUCAUUCAGGUGAAGAAGCUGCCCUACCUGCCUGAGCUGGCCCUUGGGCACAUCAGCAAGUAUAACAUCUUUGUAGAAGACAUCAUGGUGCGCAAAGUGAAAUUCUUGUCCUCUCAAUCCACCUAUCGGGAAUUAAACCAUCUGCUAGAGAACACAACUCUAAAAACCAUCCCCCUUGUUGACUUCAAAGAAUCCAUGAUUCUUCUGGGCUCGAUUGAGAGAACAGAGCUUCAAGCGGUCUUCGACUGGUGGCUUUCACCAGAGAGGCGAGUCUUUGAAAGAGGUCAGAGUUCUCCGACCUCCAAGGUCAGCUGGGAGUCCUUCACCUUUGUGGACGAGGAGGGAGGAGAGGUGAGCACAGAGCAGACUGCUUACCCUGUGCAGGAGGAGUGUAAUGGACCCAUCUCGUCUCCCAGACCGCGGGAGCCGUCCACCAACCACGCCGGCUCAGACAAGCGCAAGCUGCCGUCUGUCAGGAUGACCCUUCAGAGGCUCUUCUCCUCCGCGUCGUUGUCAGGCCCGACUGAAACUCAGGAGACCACGCCUCCUCCACUGACCGACACCAUGUCCCCAGAGGAGAUCAAAGCUUGGGAAGAGGCAGAGCUCGACAAGCCGAUCGAUAUGGAGCAGAUACGCAUAGACCCCUCCCCGUUUCAGCUGGUGGAAAGAACGUCACUGCACAAGACACACACUCUGUUCUCCCUGCUGGGGCUCAGUCACGCCUAUGUCACCAGCAUCGGGAAGCUGGUGGGCGUCGUCGCACUCAAGGAGUUGCAGAAAGCUAUAGAGGGCUCGACUCGCAGUGGGGUGAGGCUCCGUCCGCCUCUGGCCAGCUUCAGAGACGCCAGCAGGAAGGCCAAGAAGCACCAGCCGUCCUCCACCCCUUCCUCACCCACACGGGACAGAGAGAUGUGGGGGGAGGGGGGCAGGCGGGAAGGGGAGCUGGUGAGGAAGGAGUCCAAAGAGGAUUUCCGAGGAGGGAAGACGCCGUCCUCCAGGGGCGCCCCCGGGGGGGACACCCCUCCCUCCUCCCCCGGCGGCCCGGGGAACUUCACUGACAGCCUGGCCUCCGCCAGAGGAACUGUGGGAGCGGCGGUGGAGGAGGAGGAGGAGGAGGAGGAGGCGGCCUCCCCCUCCACCUCCACCUCCACCGCCACCUCCGCCCCUACCUCGGCCUCACCUGGUUCCUCCCCCGUGCCCCCCACCAGUCCGGUCCUCACCCUGUCCUCCCUGCAGGAGGAGCGGGAGAGUGAGGAGUCAGACGAGCCCAUAUAG